AUGACAUCAGGUCAUGAAAUCAUUGGACAGGAAUCAUUACCGUUUACAUUUCCAUAUUAUUCAACUAAUCAGGUGAAUUCAGUCAACAGUAAUAGCAAUAGUAUGUACAGAUGUACAAUUCCUCAAUUAGUCAAUCAUCAGCCAUCUCCUCUUAAUUCCAGUAUUUGCCGGAGAAAUGGACAAUCUGGAAAAGGUAAUUUAGCCGGAACCGGCUCAUUAAUUACUCCAUCAGCAAUAACAACAACAAUGUAUUCAGAUAGUAGCAAUGGUAGCUAUAAUAGCUAUCCAUUAGAUAAUACACAAAUAAUGAUUACACCAGGAAAUCAUGAUACUACAAUUCAUGAUAUGAGUAGUAGUGUUGCUGCAGCUAAUGUUUAUUGGAAUAAUUCAAAUUUACCACAACAUAAUCCAUACAAUCAACUUAUGACUACUGGAAGUUAUAAUGGAACAAUGCUACCAAUGCAUUCAACAACGGAUGAUGAUUAUACACAUUCCCUAUCGGUUACUGCAUCCGUUGCAUAUCCGGUUCCAGUUUCCGCUUCUACAACUCCUGCAAAUGAUGAUGUCGUUGAAAUUGGCAAAUUAUACGAUAAUGAUAACAGUAAUCCGGGUGUUACGGUACCUCCGUCAAUGUACUCAACACAUCACGGUACCACUUGUUAUCCCCAAUAUUUCCCUUCAUAUGUGCCUCCUUUUCAACCGGAUGAUAAGCAAAUGCCGGAAAGUUUAGCAAGUUCAUAUUUGAGUGGCACAGGUGAUAUGAUGAGACGUGAAGAUGUUGCUGCACCGCUUCAUUUCUACACUCAUCCUUUACAGAAUGCUGGAGUAACAAGUAUUGAAGAUACAAGGAGUAUCGCAGCAUCUGCACCAUUAAUUCCAACAUUGGAUCCUUAUAACACUAUGUCACCUGUUACCGGACCAGCUACAGUUAGACCGGAUUUGGUAAGCGGUGUCGGAGUACCGGCAUCACGUGAUCAGUUCGAUUAUAGCGGUAUAUUAACUGGUCCUGGUGGUAUGAACGGGAUGACAUCAGCAACCUCUACGUCAUCAUUAGGUACCAUCGGGAUGAGUACACCUCGAGUUAGCACCAAGAAACGAUCAAAAAGCGUAAAAUUGGAUUCGGAUGAUGAUGCUAGAUCAAAUGAUGAUCGUGAAGCUGAUCGUCGUAGUGCAAAUAACGCUCGUGAAAGGAUUCGGGUAAAAGAUAUUAAUAUGGCAUUCAAGGAACUUGGCAAAAUGUGUGCUCAGCAUUUGCAACAAGGCUCUGAUAAAACGCAAACAAAAUUAGGUGUUUUACAUCAAGCAGUUGCCGUAAUUACCGGACUUGAAGAACAGGUGCGUCAGAGGAAUUUAAAUCCGAAAGCAGCAUGUCUAAAAAGGAGGAACGAAGAAAAAACUAUGGCAUCUAUAACAGGGAAUGAUAAUUUAAAAACGAAUAGUGGCGCAUUUUUAUCAGCGCAAUCAGCAUUUCCAGGAACUAAUCACUUAAAUCAAUGA